UAAUGUACUCUGUGCUUAGUAUGUUUCCAGAAAAUGGUUGGAUAGUGUGUCGAAGUCUGACACGUAUUUAGCGAUAAAUCGUAAAAACUCUUCGCAAAGUUUAUUAUGUUGUUAUUUUAAUUGAGUGCUACGAGUAAAAAGUUACUUAAUUAUUCCAAAAUGGAGUUUCGAGAAACUUUGCUGGCUGCUCAACGAAAUCAACAACAAAAGUCAUCUGCUGAAAGUAUGUAUUACAAAGCCCGCUUUGAUCCUCCAAAGAAGGAAUUAAAACCAAGAGAUCGAUUGUCAGCCAAUAUCCAAAAGUUUUUGGCUAAAAAGGAAGAAGAAGAAAGACAGAAAAAAUUGGAUGCACAAAAGAAAAGAGAUGAGCUUCUUGCAAUGCGAGACCCAAAGGCAUUAAGAAAGAUUCAAAAGACCCUGAAAGUGAUUAAGUCUGCUAAUAAAUCAGUGUUAGCUGAUGCAAUUGAUACAGAACACACUGCAGUGACAAGGGAAGGUCCUGAUCAACCAGACCAGGAUGAUUAUGGUUAUGAAUCACAAGAGGCUGCUGCACUGUAUGAGAAAAUGAUGCAAAAAUAUAGCAAAGUGCCUGAUAAGCCAAAAUUUGCACCGGGUAGUAAUAAUGUAAGUAAAGAUCUAAAUGGUACAAGAGAAAGAGUAAAACACGCUCUGCAACAUGAAGAGGAGCCAGUUCCUCAUAAAAGAAGACGUCGGACGGAACAUGAUGAUGGAGAUAUAAGUCCACCUCAAAAGUAUGAACCUGAAAAGAAAAAAGAUGAAAAGCCCGAGAAACCUAAAAUAAGAAAGCCAGCUCCACCUCCUUUAGAUUUUAAUCAAUUAUUAAAACUUGCCGAACAAAAAAAGAGUGUUCCCAUUGAAGUAGCCGCAAAGAAAGUUGUCACAGAGCAGGAACCCGAUAGACUCAUGACGAAGAAACAAAAACGCGAAUAUGAAGAGGAAAUGGCGCGUCGUCAAAGGAGACAGGAACGUAUCGAUGCUGAAAAAGCGGGUGGCCGUAAAGCUCCUAAAGAGGAAAGAACCGUUGAAAAAACCAAAAGAACAGAACCCUCAAGUUUCGGGCGCAUUCCAAAACUAAGCGAUAAAAAUUCCAACCAGAAAACUGAUGCACCGCCUAAAACAUACGAAAGAGAAAAAGACAGUGAACGAGAAAAACAUGACGAUUUACAGAAAGAAAGAGAAAAAUUAAGAUUGCAGAAAGAAAAAUUAGAACGGGAAGAGAAGAGGUUAAGAGAUAGAGAAAGGGAGAUAUUGAAAGCUGAAAAAGAAAGAAAUGAACGUGAAAUGAAACUAAACAAAGAUAGAUUAGAUAAAAUUAAAACUAAGUUAGAGAAAUCAGAUAAAAAUGUAGAUAGAGCUAAAGUCGCUUCAAGGGAACAAGAAAUUAAAAAAAGUAUAGACUUGAAGAGUCAAAACACAUACAGGAUAGAUAAAAACUCAAAUGAAAAAGAUAUCAAGAAAACAGGUGUGCCUCAAAAGUCACAUGAUCAAAAAUAUAUGAACGGACUCGGUUCACAGGGUAAGCCCGUGCCAAAACUAAAUAAGGAACAGAGCAUCAAUAAGAACGAUAGAGAUAGGAUCGGCUUAGCGAAACAGAAAAUGAACGAAAGUUCUCCUAAAUUGAACGGCCACGCUAGGAACGAGAAACGGCCAGAAGUUAAUAAAGGUCAACCUCAAAAACGACCCGACGAUAAACGGCCACCCAAUCCAAAAACACCGGGUUCGAGUAAGCCCGCAAUGUCGAAUAGCUUUGAUUUUGAUAAACACGUGAAUUCUUUGGGCAAGAAUGGCACGAAGCAGUUCCCACCCAGCAACGUCAGGAGGAAACCGCAUCCUGACGAUAGGAAAAGACCUAAACGUCGCAUGCUCGAUUCUGACUCUGAAUAUGAUUCGGAGAUGGACGACUUUAUCGACGACGGCGACGAGAACAUGGACUACUCGAAGCACAUCAAGGAAAUAUUUGGCUAUGAUAAGUCAAAAUACCGGCAUAUAGAUGAUGAAGACGAUCCCAUGAUGGAAUCGAGUUUCGCGAGACAGCAGCGCGAAGAAUACAUUAGCAAGAAAAUAGGUAUAAUGGAGGACCUGGAAGAUAUGAGAAUGGAAGCGAUGGAGAAGAGCAAAAAGAAGAAAUCGAGACGGCUAAGUGACGACUGAACGAACUGCUCACACAAUGGACCGAUUUAAUUAUUAUGUGUGGCUUGAAAAAUGGCUUGAUGAUUUAUUUAUCAUUUAAAUGUAUACCCAAGCUGGGUAACCAAAAUAAAACAAAGCUGGUUUAAAAAAAAAAUAAACAUCCUGUGUUUAACGUAAUCAAGAUAAUAUAUAACUUUGUAAUUGUUAUAAAUUUUAUAUGUAAUAAAGAUUAAAUUGAUAAUUUUUAUAUAAUAGAUUCCUUUAUAGUGUCGAGAUUGUUGAAUUUAAUUUUAGAUCUUGUGGAGCAAAGCGUUAUGCUAUGUGAUGCGAUGUCUCUGUUUCCAUUCGCAAGGAGACUUGUUUAGACAUGAUUUCCGGGUAAUUCCGGGAUACUAAGGCUGUGAGGUCUGAACCCUAGUUUGGCCAAUCGAAAGAUAUUGGGGUUUCUUUCAAGGAAUUCUCAGUUGAAUUUAAGAAGUUGUUAGUCUUACACCGUGCUAGAACAGUGUCCGUUCAUGCCGAAACACUUUUGGCUCGUGUCCUAUCGCUAUAUGAGAGCGAGACAAUAGAUAGUGUGACUGCUUGCGCACACGCAACUAUAAAGUCUAUGCCUAUUUCAAGUCAAGAGGUCGCCCUCCUGAAACAAUAGUCAUGUCAUCAGACCACUGUCACUAGAUCCAGCACCAUUGCCCCAAUCAAAUACGCUUGCUUCAAGGCCAUAUUUUUUACGACAUCGUUAUAAGACUUUUGUAACAGAAAACUGUUCACUGAGAGCCGUGUUUGGAGGUUAGGGACCCAAGGCAACAAAGGAUUGGAGGUUAUUAAUUAUUUUCCAAAUAAAUUAAAUUCUGUUGACAAACAUACAGAUUACCGUUAAAUUACAAGAAUCAUUCUUGUAUUUUACCGUUAUCUGUAAUUUACUCGUCGGAAUUGGGAUGUUUUUUUGUUUAUGAAAUCUCUAUUGUGAAGGUAUUGGGGAUGUAGCGCUGGAUGCUAAAUCGCCUAGAUCCGGUCCUGGUUGUGUUCCUAUUCACUCCUCUUUUCUGUAUUAAAGUUCAGCUUGCGAUUGAUUAUGCUUGCACUUACAAAAUGUCGUUUCAAUUGUGUAUCAAGUCAUAAUCUGUCCAAGUGAUGUCAAGUGGUGAUAAGUGUGUUGGUACUCUAAGCUCACCGCUCGUGACCGAUGGAAGCUUUUCCUCACAGACGUUUCGUUUCAAAACGUAAAAUAUAGCGUGGGUUCCUCUUGAAAUUUCAGUCUUAUUGUCCUAAGCGAAACAACUUCAAAUCGACAAAAAUAUAUCAACAUUGCGUUUUCAUAUUAUACGAGUAUUUAAAACUAUGCGAUAAAACGAACUCAAAUGUGAUAAAAAACAUUUGUUUUAUUCUAACUUGAAGAUUUAAUAUUUCGUUCUGAUUACAUACGAUUAUAGUCAAAUUUGCACUUCAAUAAUAGUUGCACUGCAUUUUUUUAAAGUUUUUACAUUUUAAAAGCUUUAAAUUCGCGGCGCGUUCGCGCUUCGUGGCGUUUCCGGGUCGGUGACGGUUUUAAUCCCGCUACAAAGAGAGUGAGCGAGUUAAAAGGCCAUAUUUCUUGCACUGAGACCACGCAUGAAUCGUGUUUGAAGUUCGCGGCCGACAUUUAUGGGCAUUCUUCAAAUACAUCGAAUAUAUUUCAAAACAUUUUUAUUUAAUAGUGCAAUGAAGUAUUAAUAACUUGUAUUUGCAGAAUGAGACUUGCCCACGUUUAAGCUGCCAGCCUCUAUGUAAUCUUCAAUAAUAAGACAUUUGUAUAUAUUAAAAUAUUAUCUGAAAUAUAAAUUUGUAAAGUUACCACGCUUUUUAAGAACCAAUAGAUUUUAGUUUAAUAAAUUGUCAUAAUAAUGAUAUAAUAUAUUUUUUGCUUAUUGUAUAUACGUAUCACACAGCCAUAGCAUAGAAUGUUUUUUUUUUGUAGAUUUUAAACUUUAUGCCACACGUCAGUUCUUUCACUGCAAUCCUUAUACUUUGUCUGUUCCACAAGAUCUUUUAAAAAAAACAGUUGAGCACAGAAAGCGAGGUUCGUUGUCAAUUUAAAUAUUACAUCGUGUCUUACUAGCUUUGUAAAUGUUAUAAAACCUGGUUUUUAUGUUUAAGAACAUAAUUUAAAGUCAUUAUUGUCUAAAAUUUUACAAUAUCUAAUGUAAUUUUCAUCGAUAUACACUUUGUACUUAGUGCGACUUGCGAUUGUAUAGCCUAUUCCAGAUACAAGAUGAGUAAAUGAGUAAACAUCUUUAGACAUUGAAUUGACGCUAUACGAUAUCUUGAAUAAUCUGUGAAAUUCAUUAUGGAUUCACGAAAAAAUGGCGUUUUGGAAUUAAAAUUGAUGUAAAUGAAUGGAAUAGCGUUGUAUUAUAAAUAAAGAUAUCUUAAUCAAGAACUAUUUGUAGUGCAAAUUAUAGUAGAGUCAUCAGCAAUUUGCAUGGAAUAUGAAAAUCUAAGCGUUGUUUAUAUAUACUCCUUGGAUUGGAAUAGGCUAUAUAAUGAAAUCCCUAUUCCAUAUACAGCUCUCCCUGCGUUAUAGAUAAUAUUUCAAAUAAAAGUUUGUUUAUUUCAGUCUCCUUCUAACACGAUGUUUGCAUUAAUAUGGUUUUUAUAGUUAUUAAAUUAUGAUUACCAUUUACAAUUUCAUCAGCACAAAUAACCUAUAACAUAUAUAUUUUAUUAAGGAUUCCUUAAGUUUAUUCAAAAUAAAUAACUGCCUUUCUCCGGUUGUUUAAAAAUAGUUUGUACUGGAAAGUGUUGUAACCGUAGUAAUAUUUGAUUAUUGUAAUUA